UCACCACCGAUCGGCACAUCUUUGUCAGUGAACAAAAUGGCAACCUACUGUCUGACUGUCGCCAGGCUUCAGCUGGCGCUGGGCCAUGGCGUACGGCGCCUGCAUGUAUCAGCAGCUUACAGAGCCAAGGCACAAGUGUCUAUGAGCCGGUUUGAGCCCACUUCUUUCGUCAACUACGAGAAACUCCAGUCCAACAUUGACAUUGUGCGAAAAAGGCUCAAUCGGCCGCUCACGCUGUCAGAGAAGAUCGUAUACGGCCACCUCGAUGACCCCCACAAUCAGGACAUCGACCGCGGUCGCACUUACCUGCGGCUGCGUCCUGACCGCGUGGCCAUGCAGGACGCCACGGCCCAGAUGGCGAUGCUCCAGUUCAUCAGCAGCGGCCUGCCGAGAGUGGCCGUGCCCUCCACCAUCCACUGUGAUCACCUGAUCGAGGCCCAGAUCGGAGGGAUAAAGGAUCUGGCCAGGGCAAAGGAAGUCAACCACGAGGUUUACAACUUCCUGGCCAGUGCUGGGGCAAAAUAUGGAGUUGGCUUCUGGAAACCGGGCUCUGGAAUCAUCCAUCAGAUCAUCCUAGAGAACUACGCCUACCCAGGAGUGAUGCUUAUUGGCACAGAUUCCCACACGCCAAAUGGUGGCGGGCUUGGUGCCAUCUGCAUUGGAGUCGGAGGAGCUGAUGCUGUAGAUGUCAUGGCAGGAAUUCCAUGGGAGCUGAAGUGUCCCAAGGUGAUUGGAGUGAAGCUGACAGGCAGCCUCUCUGGAUGGACCUCACCUAAGGAUGUCAUCUUGAAGGUGGCCGGCAUCCUGACAGUGAAGGGAGGCACUGGAGCCAUUGUAGAAUACCAUGGACCAGGAGUCGACUCCAUUUCCUGCACAGGAAUGGCCACCAUUUGCAACAUGGGAGCAGAAAUUGGAGCCACAACCUCAGUUUUCCCUUACAACCACCGCAUGAGGACCUACCUGGAGAAGACUGGACGUGGACAGAUCUCUGCCCUGGCCGAUCAAUACUCAGACUUGUUGGUACCAGACAAAGGCUGCGAGUACGAUCAGGUCAUCGAGCUCAAUCUGGACGAGCUGAAGCCCCACAUCAACGGACCAUUCACCCCUGACCUCGCUCACCCAGUGGCUGACGUAGGAGCUGUUGCUGAGAAGAACGGCUGGCCACUGGAGGUUAAAGUUGGCCUGAUCGGCAGCUGCACCAACUCCAGCUACGAGGACAUGGGCCGCGCUGCUUCUGUGGCCAAGCAGGCUUUGGAUAAAGGCCUGAAGUGCAAAGCUGAGUUCACAGUCACCCCCGGCUCAGAGCAGAUCCGUGCCACCAUCGAGAGAGAUGGAUACUCAAAGGUCCUUGGAGAUGUUGGAGGUGUGGUCCUGGCAAAUGCAUGUGGGCCCUGCAUCGGACAAUGGGACAGGCGUGACGUGAAAAAGGGAGAGAAGAACACAAUCGUCACGUCCUUCAACAGAAACUUCACUGCCAGGAAUGAUGCCAACCCUGCAACACACGCCUUUGUCACCUCCCCUGAGAUUGUCACUGCCCUCGCCAUCGCGGGCACAUUAAACUUCAACCCGGAGACAGACUACCUGACAGCCCCUAAUGGUGAGAAGUUCAAGCUUGACCCCCCCAAUGGAGAUGAACUCCCCGCCAGGGACUUUGACCCAGGCCAGGACACCUACCAGCACCCACCCGCUGACGGCACCAGCCUUAAAGUGGACGUCAGCCCUCAGAGCAACCGGCUACAGCUGCUGGAGCCCUUCGACAAAUGGAGCGGAAAAGAUCUGGAGGACUUGCGGGUUCUCAUUAAGGUGAAGGGCAAAUGCACCACAGACCACAUCAGCGCCGCCGGACCGUGGCUGAAGUUCCGCGGUCACCUGGACAACAUCUCCAACAACAUGCUGAUCGGUGCGGUCAACAGCGAGAACGAUGCCGUCAACAAGAUCAAAAACUACCUGACAGGAGAGUAUGGAGGAGUCCCUGAUGUUGCCCGUCACUACAAGGCCAACGGUGUGUCGUGGGUUGUGGUCGGGGAUGACAACUACGGUGAGGGCUCCAGCAGGGAGCAUGCAGCGCUGGAGCCCAGGCAUCUGGGAGGAAGAGCCAUCAUUGUCAAGAGCUUCGCCAGAAUUCACGAAACUAACCUGAAGAAGCAGGGUCUACUCCCACUGACCUUCACCAACCCAUCAGACUACGAUAAGAUCCGUCCUGAUGACAAGAUCUCCAUCAAGGGACUCGAAACCUUCGCUCCAGGAAAGCCUCUGUCCGCCGUCGUGAAGCACGGCGACGGCAGCACGGAGACCAUGGAGCUCAACCACAGCUUCAACGAGACACAGAUCGAAUGGUUCCAGGCAGGCUCCGCCCUCAACAGGAUGAAGCAGCUGCAGCACUGAGGAAGAGGAGGAGGAGUGAGGAGAGCAAACGUGGAGGAGAAGGAGGAGGAUUUUCAGGGGGGAAAACAGGGAGGAUUGUGGGGAAGAACGAGGGGGGGGGGUUAAAGAAUGUUGACGACUGCUCCAUCACCUGCAUUAGCACCCAGUUUGGACUGAAGUAAUGUGUCGGUAUACCUCGAAGAGUUGAAUGUUAGUGAAUUACUUCAGACUCAGUGCCACAGCUGAUGUCGAUGAUGGAACGUGUCAGCUUCAUUUGUCAGAACAACGUGUACUUGAAGGAAUCGUAAGCUGCUGCGUUUCAAAGUCAAAUAGUGAUAACUUGUUCCAAAUCAAAAGUCUGUUUGUGAAAACAAAGCAGAGACACGCAAACACACACACACACACACACACUUUGACACACUAUACGCUCUGACCCAGUCGGUGACGCUGCCAGCUGAUGUUCUGCCAGUGUUUUUGCAGCUGUUCAAACAGAUCAGUACGGCGUGUGAAGCCGCUGCACACUGAAGCCGGAGGACGGCAGUCUUGUCACCUUGUUGCUUUAGGAUUGUGUUGCACUCUGCAUGGCGCUUUUUUGUCAGCCGCUGUCAUUUAACCUGUUCCCCCCGUGUUAUUUCUAAAGUCCACGCCGGGGCAGGUAAACAUUGCUAUUGGUUGGGUUCCAUUUUGUUGUCUAGUGAAGCUGUAGUUGCAGAGAUCAUAUGGAUCCAGAGCAAAACUCGUGCGCACACAUUCGUUUCAUCCACUCAGACACUUCCGGUUUAGCCUGAAUGUUCCCUACUGGACACGAGGAGAAACUGCAGUGUCCACACGGCACAGCAGCUAGCUGUUCUUCAUCUAAAUCCCCCACUUUUUAAAAGCAGCACCUAAUGACAGCGUUCUCUACGGCUUGUUGAAAUGUUUUCUGGGACAUGUUAGGAGAUCGCAUGACAGCAUGAGGCAGUUUGAAAGAAAAUGGAUUCAACAUAAAUCUAGAUUCAGAUAACGGAGCAUUGUGGGAUGUACUGAACAUCACAGAUAGAUUACGGUACAACAGCGGGAACAUGUCCUGUAUUACAGUGUGUUUUCAUCCAUCACCGUACAUAUUGUCAGUGUUACAUUGCAGACAUUUCCUAAUAGACAAAGGAACCUGUAUGCUUUUAAUACUGUGUAAAAAUGCAGUAACUCAACCUCUUCUUCCCUGAUACAUCCUUAACCUCCCCUCCCGAUCAAUACUACACUCUUUACAAGGUCAAACGCAUCCUAAGGUUUUUCCCAAUUGUUUAUUUAUUUAUGUCUUUCUUGCAAAAGGUUCAGAUCCUGUAUGAGUUUUUCAUAAAGGUUUCUUUUGUCACGCACAGGUUGAUCUUGGAUUUAUGUCCUUCAUCCUGUAUUUCCAGUGCCCUUUUUUUUCUAGGGGUAACAUGUCGCUCUUUGUGUUACCCUUGCCCCAACACAAAUAAAAUUGUACUGAAGAAAAAAAACAAAAGAUUUGUAGUUUGUAAUGGUGGAGGAAAACUGAUGUUACGCUGUAAAUUACCACGUACUUGAUUUUAAGUAAUGUGGCUGCUAAAUCCAGAUUAUUGUGUCAGAUGGUUUUUGGUCCUCGAUGGAUAUAAUGAACUGAAAUUCACUCCAAAACCUCAACAUGGGAGAUCAAGCUGAAACAAGCUGGGGGGGGGUUUGUCCUCAUGAACCUUCACUCACCCAGUCCCUGCAAACAAAAUGCACCAACAAGUGAAUCAAACGACGGCUUAAACCACUCCAUUCUUCUAAUGCCACUGUAUGUAAAGUGUCUGGCUCCGUGUACAUUUCAAUGUUUUUCUCCCAGAUUAUCUUUUCUGUAUUACAGAAAUGCCAGUGGGUUGUAAAAUAAAAAAAAAGAUAAAAAAUCA